AUGGCCUCCGUCGAACCCGCAAGCUCUGGCGAGCUCUCUGCCGCCCAGAGGCUCAUGCAGGAGCAUGCCCAGCACGUCCCCCACCCCGUCACCGUCGAGGACGUCCCCGAUGUCGACCUCCCCAAGCCCGCCAACGACGCCUCUGGUUCUUGGGCCGCCCCCAUGAGCUCUACUACCGCCGGCAAGCAAAAGGAGAAGCAGUCUUCGCUCGAUACUCAGUCUCAUGAAGUCUUCCCUGAGCUCGGUGCCCCCAAGGGCAAGACUUCCAACGUUGUCCCUGUCUGGAGCGCCAAGAACGGUGCUCCCAAGCAAAACGGCUCCAAUGGCGCUCCUCAGAAUGCUACUCCUCCCGCUCCUACUGCCACCGCCGCCGGCGGUCCUACUAGCCAGGUCCCCCCUCCAGUCAUGUCAAUUCCCGGGCGCCAGGUCGAGUCUGUCACUCUCGAGCCCCAGUUCAUCAUGGAGCGGAGCAAGCUCAAAAGACCCAUCUCCGAAAUUCUUCGCGACCUGAAUCGCAAGUCUCGUGCCAAUAUUACCAUGUCUACUGUUAGCAAUGGCCGCGUCAAGUUCGAUGCUACUGGUCCUCAGGAUGUUGCUCAGCAGGCACUCAAGGAUCUAGUCAAUCAGAUUGGCCGACGCACUGUCAUUGAAGUUGCGAUACCCUAUUCGGCUCGCGCACACAUCAUUGGUAAGGGCGGCUCUACCAUCAAGGCUCUGCAAGAAAAGACUGGCGCCAAGAUUCAGCUUCCCAAGGCCGACGAUACCCAACAGCUCGACGAUGACGAGGAUGCCACCAUCAAUGUUCUGGUUGAGGGCAAUGCCCUUUCUGCUGCUUCCGCUCGCAAUGAGAUUCUGAAGAUUGCCAAUGAGCGCUCUGCUGCUUCCCAGACCAAAGUCCGUGGUAUCCCUGCCGCUUUCUAUCCUUUUCUGGCUGGACCCGGCAACUCUCUUGCUCAAGCUCUUGAGGAGGCGCAUGGCGUUCAGAUUCGAGUCCCCCCGCACCAGCACCUCAGCUCUGGACCUGGACCUGUCCCGGCCGCUCCAGGCCAGCGGCCCAUUUUCCACCCCGCUGGCGCCGAUGAUGAGCACAUCCAGCUCGCUGGUGAUCGCAACGCUGUCCAAAACGUUCGCGCCGAGCUCGAGAGAAAGGUUGCGGAGCUUCACAAACAGCUUGAACUUGAGCAGCUGUCCAUCCAGCGUGGUCGCCACCAGUUCAUUAUCGGCAACCGCGGUGUCCCCAUGGAGGAAUUCUUCUCCGACACUGGCUGUGCCAUCAUCCUUCCUUCAGAUGACGAGGACGACCUGAUAACCAUUGUCGGUCCACCUGGCCAAGUUCAAGUUGGCGUGGAAAAGGCCAUGGAUCUUGCUAUGGGAAUGCAAAUGUCCAACAUUGAUCUGUCUAGAUUCCACCGCAAUGCUCCCAGCGGGGCUGCUGUUCAUGCCGCCAAUAUCACUCGCUACCUUCGCCAACGCCGUGAAAUUGACCGCCUCGAGAAGCUCUACAGCACCCACAUCAACACGCCCUUCUCUCAGGAUGGCGCUUUGCCAUGGGAACUCUACUCGCGAGAUGGAAAGAACGCUAUUCGUGCCCAGUCUGAGAUUACUGGCAUCAUCAACGGCCACCCGCCCGCUAGAAUGCGAAACGUCAAUGUUGAUCCCUUCUUCCACCAACACCUGCGCACCGAUGUUUCUCCCCGUCUCAAGAAGGAAUACGGCGUGCAGCUGGUUGUUCCGGAGGCUGGACAGCCUCAAGGCUCUGUACUGCUAGUUUUCGAAGGCCCCAGCGGUGUCGACAGUGGCUACCAGCCUCCUCGCGUGAAGCCCUCCGACGCUGAGGUGGCUGCUUUCCAGAAGGGCCUUGCCGACGCCCAGAAGCAUAUUCUCGACCUGAUCGGCCAGCAAGAGAGCCUCGACAGCGUUGCUCUUGAUGUUCCUGCCAAGUACCACGAAAGACUCCGCCGCUUCAUUAAGAAGGAGCAGGAAAAUCGUGCUGCUGACAAGAUUCCCAUCCGAGUCACAAAGGUCGGCACCACCGUUACCCUGCGUGGUCCUAGCUCUGCCGUCAAGAACUUGGCCGCCAAGGCGACUGCAUUCAUCGAGCAGGAGAAGCAGGAUGACAAGGAACGCGGCUUUACCUUGUCUUUUGACUUUCCUCAAAAGUACGCCAACCAUCUUAUUGGCAAGGGUGGCAGCAACAUCAAGGAGCUUCGUGACCGCUUCGAUGUUGAAAUUCAGGUCCAGGAUGGCAAGGUUGAGCUGAAGGGUCCCAAGGCUAAGGCCGAGACGGCCAGAACCUACAUUCAGAACUUGAGCCGCACUCUCGCAGAUGAAACAACGCACACCCUCAAGAUUGACCCGAAGUACCACCGUGAACUCAUUGGUACUCAGGGUACCCAAAUCAAUCGCCUUCAAACCCGCUACAAGGUACUCAUCUUCUUCCCUCGCUCUGCGAAGAACGCUUCCGAUGAGCAGUCCAACACCGACGCCGCAAGCGACGCUGGCAAGGGCCGUCGCCAGCAGGCUCCUGACGAGGUCAUCAUCCGCGGUCCUAAGAAGGGUGCUGACGAGGCUCGCGACGAGAUCUUUUCUCUUCACAAGUACCUGGAGGAGCACUCUGCCACUGCUACUGUCCCCUUUCAGCAGAAGCAGGUUGGAUCUCUUAUCGGACAAGGUGGUGCUGCUCUUGACGAGCUUCGCCAGCAGACUGGUGCUCGCAUCGACGUUCCUGCUGACCGUGAUACCGACACGGUUCAGAUCCUGAUCAAGGGCACCGCCUCGCAGGUAGCCAAGGCCAAGAAGGCACUCGAGGAGAAGCGUGCCGUUUUCGACGACACCGUUGUCAAGACGGUCGAUGUUGACAAGAAGCAUCAUCGCGCUCUGAUCGGAGCUAGUGGCUCUGCUCUACGCGAUAUUGUUAUCGGCGCCGGCGGAUCUGACGACCGACGUUCUUUGGCUAGAACGAUCCAGUUCCCCAAGCAGGAGGCGGAUGGCAACACUAUCAAGGUUGAAGGCCGCACCGAUAUUGUGGACAAGAUCAUUAAGCGCAUCGAAGAGAUUGUGGCCCAGCGCGACAGCCAGAUUACCGAAGUGAUGGACGUGCCUAUUGACCAGCACCGAACCUUGAUUGGGCGCGGUGGUGAUGCCAAGCGCCAGCUGGAGACCAAGCUCGGUGUCACCAUUGAUGUCCCUCGCCAGGGCGAUGGCAAGACUGGAGUCAAGAUCUCUGGACUUGCCGAGAAGGUGUCUCAGGCCAAAGAGCACAUUGCUACUCUGCUGAAGUCGCAGGAAGGCGAGACUCUUCAGAUCCCUCGCAACCUUCACAACACCAUCUCCAAUGGUGGCCAAUUCUUCCGCCAGCUUCGCAAUAACCAUCAGGUCACAGUUGAUCACGCUGGCCAGAAGCUGCCCAGCAAGCCUGAGGCUGGGCCUCGUGUGACUGGAGGCGCUCUGCCCCUGAUUACCGACGAUGCCGACUCCACUGCCGAUGCUCACUCAUGGCACAUUGUCAAGACUGCCAACGGCGAGACAGGCGAUAUCCCCUGGGUCCUUCGUGGCAACCCCGAGAACAUUGCCAAGGCCAAGGAACUGAUUGAAAAGGCGCUAUCUCAGGCCAAGAAGCAGGAUGCCACGGGCUAUCUGGUGCUUCCUGACCCCAGGACAUACCGAUUCGUCAUUGGCCAGGGCGGUUCAAAGGUGAACUCGAUCCGCGAGCAGAGCAACUGCAAGAUUCAGGUGCCCCGCGACCAGGCCAAAGACGAGGCCAUUGAAAUUAUCGGCACGGAGGAGGGUGUCGAAAAAGCCAAGGAGCUAAUCUUAGCUGCCAUCAAGGAAGGUCAGAGCAGCAGAGACUGA